AUGAAUAUGUUGGAUGAUGAAGAUGACCAAAGCUUUCACGCUACGCGUGACGGCUACUCCCAUUUGAGCGAUGUCGAAUGGGAUGCGGUUGAACGAAUGGGUUCGACCAUGGGCAUCCAUGCUGUUAGCGUCAUGCUAGAGGCUCUCAAUAGAGAUGCCCAAAAGGCUACUAUCGCCAAGUUCAUUCAAAAUGAACUUGACGCAGAACGCGAGAAAGUAGCCUUGCUUCACCAACAAGGUUCUCAACAAGCAGAGUUGUUGAGAGAACAGGGUGCUCAACAGUUUGAACUGUUGAGACAGCAGCAGGCUGCUGAUGGUGGGUCGAUGCAUUCGCGUCGACCCGAAACCUUGAAGAUUGACAUCUCCAAGUAUAGGGGAGUCGAAGAGGACUCCCUCUUGAGAUGGUUCGUCGAAUUGGAUGACGCCAUAAGGGCGCGUCGCAUCGACGACGGGGAUAUGCAAGUUGCAUUUGCCCAGUCAAAUCUGGCAGGACGUGCCAAGACUUGGGCACUGGGGCUCAAGUUGCACGACCCAUAUGCGUUUGGGUCGUUGGAAGCCUUCAAGUCGCGGCUCAGACAAACGUUUGAACCGCCUAGAGCUGAGUUCAGAGCUCGAACCGAACUCUUGAAGCUCAAGCAGAGUAAGCGUGAUGUGCACGCUUACGCGCAACAUAUACGACAUCUUACGAGUUGUAUAAGUUCCAAUCCGGUGGAUGAACACACGUUGGUUUCGGUGUUCAUGCAGGGUCUUGCGGAUAGUCCCGUCAAGACUCACCUGUUCCGGCUUGAACUAGAUUCACUAAGAACAAGCCAUUUCCAUUGCGGAACAGGAAGACUUCAGUCUGAGACAGGCUCGCGCCAGCUCGACAUUAUAUCGUCAACCGAGACGAUAUGA